UUCUUGUUUGUCGCGUCUCUCGUUUACCGUAUAAUGCAAAUGUCAAUGGAGUGGAAAUUUUAUCUGAAACUCUCACUCAUUUCCCCCUGACUGUCACCGACAAACAACGUGGGACGCUUGAAUUAAUUACCGGUAUACCACACCACAGACGCUUCUGCACUGUUUUUAUGCAUCGCCGCGUCACAAGUAAAUCUCUUGUUUCGCGGAGCUAGAAAAUUUGUGCAAACUACUGACAGCGGUGAAGUAAACAUUGCACUCUCACCCGCGGUUGAGCACUCACUAAUGUUCAAGAGCCUUUGCCUUCUGUGACAUUCAGCUGACUUAAUAACAGCCAACAUGAAGCAGACAGGCACAGCCAGAACGCUUUGACUGUUCUAAAGGACUUUAAAACUUGAAAAUCCUUGUUAACAUGGAAGAGGCAGGCGCUGGGAACGGUCCUGGGACGCUGGGCUCGGAGCUGGAGCGCUCUGAAGACGGAGGACUGGAUGAGGUGCAGAUGCAUCUCGCCUGCUUACCGGAGCGGUACAUGAGAGCCAAGUUCUCUCUCUCUGCCUACAUAUUUUGUUGGACGGUAGUAAAGUUGUGUCAGAGAUUAAGACCGUCGCCUGUUCUUCCCCAGGCCCCAGCUUUAGAGGAGUCUGGUAGUGAGGCAGCCUGUCUGGAUGAUGGGGAGUCUCCGCAGGAGGAGCAUGGAGAACAACAGGACCAUCAGGAAUGGUGUGAGCCGGUUCCUGAAGAAGUACAGGACACAAAAGAGGAAUAUUUUGACACACAGUCGUGGCCCAGUGACACUUUCUCUGAAUCGAGUCAUGAAACUAAGGACUGCUGCAGGACACCGCUCAGCUAUGAGGUUGGAUCUUGCUCUGUGGGUCAUCUGGACUCACACUCUCCAUUUAUCAUACCAUCACCUUUGGUUAGAGGGAGAGAUCCAUCUUCAUCGAAACAGCAUCAUUCUGUCAAUCAUGCUGACUGUCUCUGUAGAACAGAGGAUAGAGAGCAAUUGCAAAUACACACUGGAAAUAUGGGGAUGAUGGACAUGGGAGUUGAUGGCACUGGAAUGUCUCAAGCUAAGGGUGCUCUGGGAUGUAAGGAGAUUUUCAGCAGUUUUCCAGCGGAACCUGAAGUUGAUUCUUCUUCAAGGAAUGGUCAAUCCUAUGUAGUAACACCUCUACUGGCAUUAGAGAACUCUGUGGAACCACAAACAAUCACUGAGCCAUGUGCUAAUGACUCAUUAUUGACCUUAACAGACAGUGAUGGAGCCAAGUUUCAGUUUGCUAACACAUUUGAGGGAAAAUCGAAAUGUGAUCAAAUUAAUAAAAAUAUUACAAACACUCAGUCAGGACACAAUGAACCGCAAAUACAGUUCAUAAACUCAAGUGAGAAACAGUUACAGCAAAAUUAUAUUGACAGUAGUAACACUGAAAUACAGUUGAUUUCGAAUGCAUCUAGUAAAGAGGCCAAAUGUGAUGUGCUGGGUGUUGAUGAAAAUAAGAUCAAUUUAUCUAUAUCCCGUCAUCUUUUUGUAAAUGAGUCUGUAUCAGCUGAGAAGCCAACAAAACACAGCCAUUCACAGCCCUCAGUAGAGCACCUUAAAUCAAAGGGCUCAGCAGAACAUAACCAAUCACAGAAUUUAGCAGAACACAGCAAAUUACAAGACUCAGCAGAACAUAGUCAGUCACAAGGUUCUGCAGAAUGUAGCCAAUCACAGAAUUCAGUAGAACACAGCCAAUCACAGGACACAGUAGAACAUAGCCAAUCAAAUAAUUAUGUAGAAUGGAGCCAAUCACAAGAUUCAGUGGAACUCAGACAAUCACAGCACUCCUUAGAACCCAGUCAACCACAUAUUUCAACAGAACACAGGCAAUUACAGAAUUCAGUAGAAUGUAGCCAAUCACAGGUUUCCGUACAUCACAGGAAAUCACAGGAUUUAGCUGAACAAAACCAAUCACAGAAGUCCAUAGAGCACAGCCAAUCACAAACUUCAAUGAAACACAGCCAAUCACAGACUUCAGUAGAAGACACACAAUCACAAGUUAAUUUAAUUACGGCAAAUUCAACGAACACCCAGUGGACAGUGACCAAGUCAGCUUUUAAUGAAAAGAGACAAUUAAAACAGGACUGUGCGGACGUUUACAUGGAUUGUGAAGUCAGUCAAUCCUUGAAAACUUCUGGAGGGCUUUCAUCAAAGGAUACUGACAAAGAACUUGAUUUGAACUUCAACAAGAAUAAUAGUCUAAAAUUUAAAAAACAGGUCUUAAAUGGCACCCCACCUUUUGUUUCUGAAGCUGAACAGUAG